AUGAGCCACUUUCUUGCAAAAACUGUGUACGAUGUCUCAGGCCGCAUUGCGCUUGUAACUGGUGGUGGGACAGGAAUUGGGCUCAUGAUAACACAAGCAUUAGCUGCAAAUGGUGCAAAGGUAUACAUUGGUAGCCGCAGGAACGAGGUCAUCGAGAAAGCGGCAGAUGAGCAUGGGAAUAAAUUGCAAGGAGAAGUCAUACCAAUUGAAUUGGACGUAACAGAUAAAGGAAGCAUAAAAAAGGCCGUUGAAAUUAUCCAGAAAAAUGAUGGAAAGUUAGAUUUACUCUUUAAUAACGCUGGUCGUAGCGGACCCAAAUCUCCAUUCUUUCUCGAUGAAUCAGCGCCUGAGAAUAAAGACCCGCAUACGCUCGGAAGCUCUAUGUUCGAUGCUGAAGAAUUCGAGGAAUGGAGCCAGCUGUACACUAUCAAUGCCUCUUCGAUAUUCUUUGUUACAACUGCUUUCCUUGGGCUAUUGCACAAAGCGUCUGAGGAACGGGGCGCAUGGAGUGCCGGAAUCAUCAACACUAGCAGUAUUUCCGGUCAGAUGAAGAGGUCCCAAAACCACUUUGCAUACAAUUCAGCCAAGGCCGCCAGCAUUCAUCUUACCAAAAUGUUCUCUACAGAACUUGCAAUCAAAGGAAUCCCUGUUAGAGUAAACUCCAUAUCGCCAGGAAUGUUUCCUAGUGAGAUGACUGGCCAUCAAGGACAGUAUAUGAGCGGAGAAAAAGCCGAUUCAAUUGGCAAGGGUAUCACUGGCGUGCCAAUGAAACGUGGUGGAUCGGAAACGGACAUAGCUGGAGUUGCGCUUUUCCUGGCCUCACCUGCAUCGUACUACAUAACCGGUCAGAUCGUAACCGUCGAUGGUGGGUACAUUGCCACCAACCCUGCGACGUCGUAG